AUGGAUCGACAGGGAUCUAGAAGAAAAUCAACUGAUGCUAUUAAUCUGCAACGUCAACAGCAAUUAUUAGAAAAGGAACAGCAAGUUUUGCUCGACCAAUAUGUCUGGCCAACGGCAAUUCCAACACAAUUAAAAAACCACUGUUUGCAAGACUUUUCUAAUCAUAUGUCCAUGUCAGUGUUACGACAAUCUACAUGUAUCGUUUGUAAUAUUCGAACAUUUGCUAACACAAUGAAAGUACAUGCUCUACAAGAUAUUCUGAACGUGGACAAAUUAUCUUCUCCUACAGAUCUCACGAACAUUAUUUCUAAAGCUCAGCAAGUAGCGCAAGAAGAGAUAGAUGAACAUUCAAAUACUUUCUCUUUAUCGAAUGCGGUCUUCUACAAGAAAGGAUACAACAUAGCUCAGAAAACUGGUAAUAUCUGUCAACAAUGCUACAGCGCACUAUCGAAAGAUAAGAUUCCAAUGUUCUCUGUAGCGAACAAGAUGUGGAUUGGCGAUGUACCGCUUGAACUUCAACAAUUGACAAUUGCUGAAGAAAAACUUAUCUCUCUUUAUCGACACAACAGCUGUGUUAUCAAGUUACAAUCACCCUUUCAUCAUCAUUCUACUGCUCAAACUGCACUCAAGGGUAAUGUAAUCACAUUCAUGCACAACAUGCCAAAUAUUGUGACAAGUCUACCAUUGGAUGUUCAAGAUCUUUCUGACACACUCAAAAUUGUUUUUAUCGGUGCCCACUCACCAGAUCGCGUUCAACUGCGUAGGAUUUGUGGUGUUAGGCGUCAAAAGAUUCGCAACGCUCUAAUUUGGCUAAAAAAACACAACUACAUGUAUCGAAUGAUUCCUAUAAACGAAGUCAAUAUUGCAAAAUUACCUGACGAUGACGUUCCAGAAAGUAUUUGGACAACACUGGAAAGGAUAGAAAAUGCUAAUGAUGGGAAUGCAGAACGAGCUGGAUUUACUGUUGAUCCAUUAACACACGCCACAGACCAAGGUGAAUCUAACGUAACAGAUAUUUGUCCGAUGAGUACUAGGUAAGUUCAUGUAAUAAGAUAAUAUAAUUAAUAAUAUCAAUUAAUUAGUGCCGUACUGGAUGUCAAUGGAAC